GUGGCCAAAGUCCUCUCUGCCUCUCACACAGACACAGUCAGUACUCUCAGAGUCUGUUUAAAUGUGGACGUCUUCUUCUCAGACUAACCUGUGCAGUGACUUUCUCUGUCUACCAGGUCACCAUGCUUCCCCGUACCCUAUCCUUCCUCCUGCUCUUCAUCUGCCUCUCCUCUGGGAUGUCUGCUUCUCUAGUCAGGAGGACAACCCGUGAAGAAGACGGCCCUCCUGCUGUUCCGACCACGUUCAGGGUUGACACCUCUGCUGUUGUAGGUGUUCCGUCGGAGGUUGAUACCGUGCCGGCAGGUGGCCCGGUCGUCGAUGAUAUUCCUUCAGCUGAGGCUGUAGCAGAAGCCCUGGUGACACAUGAGCCUGUUGCAGAUGUCGCUGUAGCUGACGAGGUUGUAGCCGAGGAGCCGGUUGAGGACAUCCCAGUUGCUGAACGAGAUGCCCCGUUAGACGCCCUUAUCAUGAGAAAAGAAGAAAAAGCAGCCCUGAUAACAGAAGCAACGAUUAAAGAGUUGUCUGCCCAGGUGGAGAAGGAAGACCUCGCUGAAGAGACAGAGAUUCAAGACGCCAUCUUGAAAGAGUUGGCUGACCAGGAUACCCUUGGGAAGGCAGUGGAGGAGCCCAUUGAAGAGGCAGCAGAGGCAGAUGCUCCAGUGGAGGAUCCAGACAGCUCUGUGAUACCUGUCUUCGAAGCCCAGGAAGAGGACUCUGGAUGGGGUUUGGCUUCCGUCAGAGAGAGCCUCCAGGCAGCCAACGGAUACUUUGACUCUCUCGUGGAACUGAUGGGGGGACGCAAUGGAGUGUGUCAGUACAAGUGUAAAUACGGUAAAACACCUGUGCAUCGCUAUGGAUACGUGACCCCAGAGCCCAACGGUUGCAGCUCCAACCUCCUAGGAUUCCAGUUUGACAUUGGCAUCCCAGCCAUGACUCAGUGCUGUAACCAGCUGGACAGUUGUUACGACACCUGUGGCUCCAACAAGUACCGCUGUGACUCCAAGUACCGCUGGUGUCUCCACGCUAUCUGCUCUGACCUGAAGAAAAGCUUGGGGUUCGUGUCAAAGGUCAAAGCCUGUGAGUCUGUAGCAGAUGCUCUGUACAACACAGUGUGGACGCUGGGCUGCAGAUCCUUCAUGAACAGCCAGAGGGAAGCAUGUUACUGUGAGGGUGAGGAAAGGGACGAGCUGUAGAGAAGCCCAGCUGGGACACAACACAACACUACUCAACACGAGAGAAAACUGGGAGGAGAGGGACGAGCUAUAGAGGACAUACAGGACAAUAUCCUCUUGCAAGGAUCAUCAAUGGAAAGGGUGCUUGGAACUCGACGUG